AGCCUGGGAGAGUUUAGUACUUAACGGUAUUUCAAAGAUUGCGGACCUAUGAGAACAAAAGUAAACGGUUAACGGUGAUUUGGUGAAAGAUAACAAAGCAAAAACAACAAAUACUACCAACACACACACAAACAUACACCCAUUUACAUUGAACCAACAGCAGCAACAACAACAACGAAUAACAAGAGUGAGAGUGUUCUACAACCGUUGUUGGGGGGCAACGCAGAGAGACGGUGUGUGUGCGUCAAGAGCCAAGGAAUGUCAAGAGGAAAAUUUAAGUGAAAUUCUGUUCGUUUUUCUUUUCGGUGGAAAAAUUAAAAAUGAAACAAAAAGUUCGGUGUGUUGGCCUAGAGAAAGUGAAAAUUUCCUGCAAAAAAUAACAACAACAACAGCAAUAAAGAAGUGAAAGAAAUAAAUGGAAAAUUGAAUUGGAAAAUUAAAGUUCGGAGUAGCCAAAAAACAAAAUAAGUUGUGGCCAGGCAGUCAGCCAGCGAGCGAGUGAGUGAGUGAGUAGUUAAUAAAUACACAUACACACGCACGGUGUGUAUCCCGUUAUUUAGCUUAUAUUGCCGCUGUCAUUAUUGCUGCUACUUUUCUUUCUUUGAGUUUAUUUUGAAGGCAAUUUUCACGCACACACACACACAGACAAACAUACACACACACUCUCCGAAAAUCCCAUAAACGUCAACGAAACAUGUGAAACAAGUUAAGAAAAAAUAGAAUUAAAGAAACAAACAUCGUGGCAAAGAAACAAACGAAAAAAGUAAAAGUAACAACAACCAAACUCCUGCACAUUGAGAGUCAAGGUGGGGGGUGUUCAGAGGCCAACCAAAAACAACAAAAAAAUAAAGAAGUAAAACAAAGAAGAAUAUACAAAAAAAAGAAGACAAGUGAAAAAAUACUAAUCAAAGGAAAGUGAGAAGAGAAAAAAAUUGAAGUGUGUAUUGUGUGCGUGAGGCUCUAUUCCGCUAUAGCUACUCAAACCAAAAAAAAAAAAAAAAUAACAAAAAAAAAAUACGCUGAUGCUUCAAUCCGCCAUCAAUUCUAAAUUAGAAAAAAAUACGAAACCUGGAGUAAAAAAAUCCUGCCCCUCCAAAACCCAUGCCUAAUGCCUUUGCUUUGCAACUAAAAUUUCCUAAUUUUGUGUUUUAUUUCACCGCCCCCAAACCUCAAUAACACAGGAGCUACAAAAAAAUAUGCUGAGCCUCGCAAUGGCUAAAUCAGAAUUUAUUAACCACUAAAAAAUAAAAUAAAAACUUUAAUUAAUACCAAAAAUAAUGAAAAUAACCACUAAGCCUAAGAAAUUCCUGUCAACAAUUUCAAACAAACAGAGAACGAAUUCCGAUAGAAAUUAAAAUUACAAAACAAAAUUGUUCAAAUUCAAUUCCAUUUUUUUUUCUUUGGGUUUUGGGAUCACUUUGAUGUUAUCAGAACAUUGUACAACGCCCAGGGCGUUCAAUAACUCAACUUCAACGGCAUCAUCUUCUCCAGCAGCAGCAACAGCACCUUCAACGGCGUCGACAUUGACAAAUGCUUUAGGAACUUCAAUAACAACAACAACGGCAGCAGCAGCAACAACAACAUCGGUCCUCAAACGGCGGAGUUCAAAAGAUGAAAAUUUCUCACUCAACUCAGACUACAAGCCAAACUUUAACUCUAUCAACAAUUCUAGCAAACAUCUCGCAACUUGUUCAAACAUCUCCUCCUCGACGACGACACUGCUUAAGUCAAACAGUCGAACGACCAAACCCACAACCGUUUCACAUUUCAAUCGCUAUCCAAUGACGAAACAACUCUCAACGACAACAGCACCAGCCGGAGUAAAUGGUGUAGCCACUGGCAGUGGCUCGGCCGCGGGUCAAAAUUCCCACAGCAACGGCAGUAGCAGCAGCAGUAGUGGCAAUUCGACCAGCGGGACAUCCGUGGUGACCAACGGAAAUGCAAUAUCAGCCAAUGGAUUAUCAAAUGGCUCCAGCUCCUUUGCCGUGCACUUUUUACACAACAACAAUUUGACACCCACAAUAAUAUCACCCACUGCCUCUCUGUCGCCCACAAACCCAGCUUCAGCGCAACUGUCACCAACAUCAUCGGGCACCAUACCAAAGAAAUGUUUGAUGUCACAACAAGAAAGUGCAAAAGACAAAACAUUGACAACAGCAUCUGUGACAGUUUUGGCCACACCACCAUCACCAACAGCAACGACGACGACAACAACAAUUACGACAAACCAUCAGCAUUCAACAACAACUACAGCAACACCAGCCACUCUGACAUCAAGUCAAACAUCAACGUCAUUAACAUCGCCAACAACUAAACCUUGUCAAGUCACCGCCAUCACCGGUGCCACCAGCAAUAGUCUGGCAGCCGCUGAGGCAGCUAAAAAAGCUGCUGCCGCCACAGCUACCACCACAGCAUCCGCAUCAUCAUCAUCCAAUGAUGCCAACGGUCGUUCCGCUGCCCUGGAACGGGCCUAUGUCCACGAUGUCUACGAACAUUGUGAAGAGCCGACCGGCUCGUUGCGACCCCGCGUCGCUCAGUUUCUAAGCAACUUGGAACCCGGUUCAGUGGUUUGCGAUGUAGGCUGUGGCAGUGGUCGCUAUUUGACUCAAUGCAAUCCCUCAAUAUGUACCGUUGGUGUGGAUCGUUGCCACCGGCUGAGUCGUGUGGCCAAGGAGAAGGGUGGAGAGGUUGCUCUCUGCGAUAAUCUCGAAUUGCCAUUUCGUGAUGAGUCUUUCGAUGCCGUGCUCUCAAUUGCUGUAGUUCACCAUUUUGCCACAACAGAGCGUCGGGUAAAUGCGCUGCGAGAAUUGGCAAGAAUCCUACGAAUUGGUGGACGGGUUGUGAUAACUGUGUGGGCAUUGGAGCAACGGCAUCGUCGUUUCGAGUCGCAGGAUGUUCUAAUACCAUGGCAGCCACCCAAGAAUCGUAACUUUAACUAUUCCGAUGAGGAGGAUGAUGAAGAUUUCUUGCCACCCUAUCAUGCCUAUACAGAGGAUUCCACCAAUUCCAGUCGUUCGGCGGGGGAUGGUGAUAGCUCAAGUUUGUCGUCAUCCUCACCGGGUGAAUCGUGUUAUAGUUUUGUGAGGCGGGCCAUACAGAAACUAGCCGGCGGCCGUAAACAUGCCUGGUUCUUGGAAUCCUGGACAUCCAAGGACACCAAGAACGACAGCAGCAUGGACUAUGAAGAUGCCAAAGAUUUGCCCAUCGAACUUAGACGCCUGGAAGAUUUCGAAGAUUUCACAGAUCCACCACUAUCGGCGGGUCUUAAGUCACGCAGUCUGGGUAGUAUACUCAAUCCACCACCACGACAAAUUGUACGCUCACGUUCAAGUGUCCCGAGUCUGGGUGGUCCUUUGGUCCCCGGUGUCGUCGUUGAGAAUGGUAGUAAAAAUCUGCAAUUCCUCGAUGCUCCGCAUUAUGGAGCUACGCCAUCAGCAGCUGGGGCCGGUGGCGCCUCAGGUUCUCCCAACUCCAGCAGUCAUUCGAAUGGCCAUUCUCCCAUCAAUCACUCGAGUACUUCACCCAACUCUAAUCUGCUAACCUCAUCGAAUCUCAGUCGCCGUCCUAAACUUAUCAAACAAAAGCAGUCGCUAUGCGAUGAAGAUUAUCAACUGCCAGAUACCCCUUUCCAUAUGUUGAGCCAAUACAAUGUGGCGACAAAUGGUGUGACCAGUACGCUCUAUGCCUCUGGGAAAACGAUGCCGAAUCGCACCGAUUCCAGCCACCUGACCACACGUCAGAUGAGAAAACAAAGUUCCCUAAAUGAAGAGCUGAUGGCCGGCAAUCGGAUAAGAGAAAAGGAAAGGGUUCGAAAGCGGAUACAAAAACAAAUGUCCCUGAAUGAGGCAUUCCUAUGUCGUUCCGCUCUCUUCUCGAAGAGGCUGCAGGUCAUACGUGAGGGAUUCACAAGUAAAAUUAAAAGUUCCACGGGCAGCCUGGAGAGGGUAACCAAAACGGGUAUUACAAAAAUCAUGCAAAACCUCAAGACGACCGGCAAUGAAGAGAAGUCGCCCGCCGGCAAUGGACCCUGUCCCAGCACGGUAAAGGCCUCCAAGGCGGCCAUGUGUACCCAUGAACAUCAUCAUCACCACCACCAUCAACAACACUACCAGCAACAGCAGCAGCAACAACAACAGAACUCUCCCUUAGUUAGUAAUUUUCAAACCCAUUUACAUCAUCUACUACAUCGCCAGAAUACCGCUCCAACGACCAAUAAAUUUGCCGGACCGGUAACCAUUUGCAAGAGUUUGGAAUGUGCCGCCACCGCAUGCUAUUGCCAGACCUAUCACCAGGGCUGUAGCCAAUGCAAUGCUGAGAGUGGUGAGGAAAAGGCACGACGCCAUUCCCGAGAAUCUGGUUCUGACUCGUCCAAGGAUAGUAGCCUACAAUCGGAUACCAGUAUAGAGUCUGAAGAUAGUUUUGCCUCCGUCAUCUUCAUACCCAAGCCGGAGCAACAUCAGCAACAGCUGAACUAUCAAAAACAACAUCAAAAUUCCAAUUCCAGUUCGAGUAACUCCUCGUCGAGCAAUGGUGGCGGAAGUGGCGGGUGCUACGUACACAAGACCUGUUGUCAGAGUCGUUGUGUUUCCUCGUCCACGUUGGGCGGUGGCGCCCAAUGUUGUAAGCUGGACAUAAAUGGUCAUCGUAUAUCAUCAGUGCCAACCUCACCGCUAAUUAUGCCCUGUCCACCCACACCUGCCCACUCACCGGCCGCUGCCCAGACCCAGGUAACCUCGCCGCCUCAAACGGUGCCAGCCGUGGUGGCGGCCAUGGCCAUGUUUACACCACCCCAGUCAGCCGUAAAAACGACCAUAACGGAGGAGGUUACAAAUGGCGCCCAAGAGAAACCCAUGGUAAAUGGUUUUAACAAGACCCGCUUUAACUUUGAUGAGGCCCACAUACGGCAACAGGAAACCAAGGAUAUGCUACAACAACAGCAGCAGCAACAACAACAAAACUUGAAAACGGAAAUCAGGAAAACCGAACCACUUAGGGAUCCUUUCGAAAAAGACAUUUUGCCCAAGAAAACCCUACUGGAACCCAAGAUUACCCGGCAAACCAUACAAAAUCUGCCACCCAUACCCAAGUUUCGUAAACAGCAAUCCUUGCAAAUUAGCCGGCAAAAUUAUCCCAUUGUCCGAAGGACCACAACGGCGUCUGGAGGCGCAGCCAUUGCCACCAUACCCAAGCUAAUGUCCUUGGAACUUUUCAAUCCGGCCACAGAUGAUUUGGACAGUGAUUCCAGUGAACCUUCCUCACCCGAUUCCGUGGAUAGUGUCAUUAGUGCUCCCAGAUCAAAUGCCCUGACCACGGCUCCCAGUCUCGAUCAGGCCAAAGACUCAAGUCCUCUGGAGGAGAAGGAAAAAUCAAACGAAACAAAUGCUCAAGCUGAUAAGAAGUCUCCCAUUCCUGCCGAUUCCGAUAUCAUUGUCAACGAAGAUGCCGGAGAUAUUGUGCCCACCAAAUACGGUGGCCAGCAAAGCAAUCCUCCCGAGGAUUGUGCUGAAUUUGCGGAAAAACUUAGUGCUCAGUUAAUGCGUGAGCUGGAGGAGAAAACCCAAAGUCGAGAGACAAAAAGUCGUAGCCUGGAAAAUGUCAAUGAAGAAUUUUACGAUGAUCCAUUUGCUCCCCUGGCGCCCAACAGGAAACGUAAUGGCGACAAGGAUUUGACUGCCUUAAGGGAUGAGUUGAGAGAACGGCGUCUGAUGUUGGCCAAUCUUUCCACCCAGCCCAGCCUGAAUCAAUCACCCAAUUCCUCUUCCACAUCUUCGCUAUCCUCGCAGACGCGCAGCUUUACCAUACACGAAGAGGACGAAGAAGAAGAUGAGGAGGAACACGAACGUAGCUAUUCGCUACAGCUUUACGAAAACUGUAAAAUCUCCAAGCUGAACUACAAGCGCCAUCUACACAACAAUAAUUUACAUCCCGAGACCACGUAUUUGCUGCAAGACGAAGAUUCCUCCUUCAAGGACGAGGAGGAAGACAACGAGGUGGAAGAAGAAAUCGAACACGAUGUCAUACCCGAAGAAGACGAAGAGGAUGAAGAUGAACCGAGCCAAGACAACGAUCGUUCCUCAACGAAGACCAAAGACACAACCCUCAAAUGUGAUUCGCUCGAAGACCGCGAGGAUGAGACGAAAAAGAGUUCCGGCGAAGAGACGACACUGCAAAAUCGCAAUCAAUCGACCGAAUCGUGGGAACAUUCCAACAGUUCGACCACAUCACUUGACAGCCCCUCACAAGGUGGCGCCACUACACACCAUCGCUACUAUCACGUCUUUCGUGAGGGUGAACUUGAUGCUCUGAUCAAUCAUCAUGUGGCCAGUCUGCACAUUGUCUCGUCGUACUAUGAGCGGGCCAGUUGGUGUGUGGUUGCCGAAAAAGUGCAAGUGUGGACAAUUUGAGUGGUUGGCUGGAUAGAGUACUAAUUAGAUAGGAGGACAAAGCAUAGAUAGUGUGUGGAUUUGAAACAAAAAAUACAAAAAAUAGAAGAUUAGAAAAAAAAAAGAAUUUUUGUAAGAAAAUCAAUGUCUUGAUGUUGAUUCCGAUAUGUAUACAAACCCCCCAAUAAGCUCAAAAUUUUAUUUAUUUAUUACAUAUACGUAGGUAGUUAAGGAUCGGGGAAAAUUUUGGCAAAAUUUGUACGAAAAUGAAACAAAACUUUUGGAAAAUUUCUGAAAUUAAAAUUAGAUUCAGCUGAGCAUUCCUAAAAAAUGAUCUGAAUUGAAGUUUUACCUAAGAAAACCUUCACUCAGCCAGGCUGGAUUGAGGGUUUCCCAAAGAAAUCCUUCAUUCAGCCAGGCUGAAUUGAAGUUUUCCUAAAGGAAACCUCCACUCAGCCAGGCUGAAUUGAAGUUUUCCUAAAGGAAACCUCCACUCAGCCAGGCUGAAUUGAAGUUUUCCUAAAGGAAAC